AUUGCUAUGCAUGCAUUAAAUUGUUUCAGUAUGAAACAUUUAUAUAUUACUUUGUUCUUAAUUUUAAUAAGUGUGGUCUAUCACACAAUAGCUUCUCAGUGUGAGGUGGCCCAAGUUUGUGUGAAUGACCUAUCACAAGCAGAAUGCGGGGCUGGCUUAGUUCUCACUCAAAAUUUUAAUAUAUUUGGUUGUUGCCCAGGUUGCAAAUUAGCAAGCGAAGAUGGAAAUAAUAAUAAUAAUACCGAUGUGACUCCUGCAGAAUCAUGUAGACCCCCGUCCACUUGUUUACCGGAUGGACGCUAUGCACCCGUACAAUGUAAAGGCGAUUUAUUUGUUGGAAGGUGUUUCUGCUCUGAUGAUGAAGGAAAUAGAAUAUUUGGACAAAUGUGGAGAAGGGAUGCCAGCGAAAUGACUUGCGCUUGUAGUCGAAGGAGACAUGAAUUAGAAAAAUCCCGGAACAAAAUGUCGACACUGCAUUGUACUAGCACUGGAGAUUACGAACCGUUGCAGUGUGAUGACGGCAUGUGCUGGUGUGCAAACCCGAAAACUGGCCAACCGACAGUAGCUCCACUACCAGAAUCCGAUAUGUCUAUGCUACCAUACAGCGCAUCAGUUGUCGGUGAGAAUUAUCUACGAAGAUGCGAAAGUAUCGUGUAUUCGUUGGCUACCAUAAAGAGAGAGCAAGAGGAACAUGGAACUUUUUUCUUAGGUAAUCCCAUAACAUUCUGUGAUUACGACGGCAGCUACGGACCAUAUCAGAUUCAAAACGGAAUUGCCUACUGUACCGGUAGAGAUGGCAAAAUCUUAGGCUCGUGGCAGGUCGUCGUUAGUGAAAUGACAGGGAUGACGUGCAAUUGCGCGCGUGAUACUAACAUAUACUUCCCAGAAAAGGGAAUGUCUGUCGCUGAAGUUUGUCAGCCAAAUGGAAACUACCGGCCCAGUCAGAACGCAGGAAAUGUGCCUUAUUGUGUCGAUUCAGACGGCUACCACAUUGAGAAUAGGGAGGAUUGGCCUGAAGAAUGUAUCCGAAAUGCUGGGGAAGAUUAAAUCAAAAAGAAAGUUGUUUAUUCAUUGUUUAAUUAGGCACAUUUAAAUUUGUAAAACCGGCUUUUAAUCAUGAUAAUAAAUAAAAUUGUAUAAAAUAUCUGUAAUAUUACCUACUAUUGAUACCUACGUUACGAGUGGGAACCCGAUGUAUGGCGCAAGCGUCGUGCAACGCGUGUCACCCGACGCCGCGCGGCCGCUCGCUCGCCGCGCGCGCUCGCCCAUCUGGAACACGAGGCUCGGAUUACCAAUGUUGCAACCGCACUUCACCUCCGACUCGACCAAGGUCGACUGACCUUUGUUGUGAUACUUUCAAAAAUAAGAUAAAUUUAUAACACUUACAAAAAGAAGUAAUCGAUUGCUAGUGUAGAAAUAAAAUCAUCGAUUGUAUUUAGUUGUGUAAAAACGACUCCCCAUUUUUAAGGACAAUUAUAAAUAUAGUAAUGACAUUUUUAAGCUGUUCCUAUAAUGAAAUAGAUACUUUUACCUACAUAACUAUGUAAAACAAUAUACUAUUGGUAUGAAAAUAAUAUUAUAUUCUAUAAAAAGCAAUAAGCAAUAUUGUAAAAUGACGAAAUAAAUUUAGUGGAAACUACAAGCAAAUAAGCCCAAAGUUUUACCUACGCGUAAAAAUAAAGCAUUGGCCAUAAGGAAAAGUUAGCUGUUAUGUUUCAUAAAGAGGGUGCUCAAUGGAGGGUGGACCGGAGUGUAAGUCAGCUUCUUGGCACUUGGGCACGUUACACCCUCUUUUGAUAAACAAGUUCGGGUCUUUUAUUACGACACAAGUUUUUUUUAUAAUAUAAGAACACAACAUAAAAUGACUAAAUAGUAAUUAAAAGGUAUUGAAAUGCACAUUAAGAAAUGGUUCUUAUCGUCCAUUUCAAUUUUGAUACGGUAAAAAAUUUUAAAAUCGCAAUCACGCAAAGCAUUUCUCUUGUUUUCUAAGAAAAUAGCCAACAAUGGUUUUGCUGUACUUGUGUUUUAAAGUCGAUCUUAAUUAAAAACUAC